AGAACUGGAUGCCUCGUGCGCACUCAAAGGCCGCAGCUUUAGCCUUUAAGCUUCUUUUUUUUUUCUCUUACUAUGGGGGGCUAGUUGUUUAUAGUUAGUUAGUUAGCUCGAAGCCUCUCCUGCGUCUGCGGUUGCAACCGAUUCGAUUUCCAGGUUGGUUGGUUGGUUGGUUGUUUGCACUGAUGGGAAUAAACCUUUAUGCAUAAAUAGCUUUGCGUGACUUGCACUUUGUGCAGCUAAAUGUGACAACCUGCUGUUGCUGUUGCUGUUGAUGUUGAUGUUGCUGUUGCUGUUGAUGUGCGUUGUGAUCUCUGACCAACCUGAAAUUACCGGGAGGCCAGGGUAGAUCCAGUUGUUUUGUGGUGAGUUGUGUGGUUGUGGAGAGGAGGGCGCAUGAUAUAAAGAGCUUGGGGUUUGCUCCCCUCUGAAUACAAAAGUGACAACUUGGGGAACUAGGCAGUGCCUCUGCAUAGCAUAGAUCUUCCUGUCCUUUCUUUCUUGUCUAGUGGUGAGAUCUGGUUUGCAGUAAGCAGGAAAGAUGGUGAAGAUCUGCUGCAUCGGAGCUGGAUAUGUCGGCGGCCCAACCAUGGCUGUCAUUGCCCUCAAAUGCCCAGCAAUUGAGGUGGUGGUUGUUGACAUCUCCAAGCCUCGCGUUGAUGCCUGGAACAGCGACCAGCUCCCAAUCUACGAGCCCGGUCUUGAUGAGGUUGUGAAGGAAUGCAGGGGCAGGAACCUCUUCUUCAGUACGGACGUCGAGAAGCAUGUCGCUGAGGCAGACAUCAUUUUUGUGUCUGUCAACACCCCUACCAAGACCCGUGGACUUGGAGCAGGCAAGGCUGCUGACCUCACCUACUGGGAGAGUGCUGCUCGGAUGAUUGCUGAUGUCUCCAAGUCUGACAAGAUCGUUGUUGAGAAGUCCACUGUCCCUGUCAAGACCGCAGAGGCCAUUGAGAAGAUCUUGACCCACAACAGCAAGGGCAUCAACUACCAGAUCCUCUCCAACCCAGAAUUCCUUGCAGAGGGCACUGCGAUUGAAGAUCUCUUCAAGCCAGACAGAGUGCUCAUUGGUGGCCGGGAGACUCCUGAAGGAAAGAAGGCUGUUCAGGCUCUCAAGGAAGUUUAUGCCCAUUGGGUUCCUGAGGACAGGAUUAUCACCACCAACCUGUGGUCUGCUGAGCUCUCCAAGCUCGCAGCCAAUGCGUUCUUGGCGCAGAGAAUCUCCUCUGUGAAUGCCAUCUCUGCACUAUGUGAGGCGACUGGUGCCAAUGUGUCCGAGGUGGCCUAUGCUGUGGGGAAAGACACCAGAAUCGGCCCCAAGUUCUUGAAUGCCAGUGUCGGCUUUGGUGGCUCCUGUUUCCAGAAGGACAUCCUGAACCUCGUGUACAUCUGCGAGUGCAAUGGCCUUCCUGAGGUUGCCAACUACUGGAAGCAGGUCAUCAAGAUUAAUGACUACCAGAAGAGCCGGUUUGUCAACCGUGUUGUGGCCUCCAUGUUCAACACUGUCUCUGGCAAGAAGAUUGCCGUCCUUGGCUUUGCGUUCAAGAAGGACACCGGUGACACCAGGGAGACACCUGCCAUUGAUGUGUGCCAUGGCCUGUUGGGUGACAAGGCUCAAAUCAGCAUCUACGACCCACAGGUAACUGAAGAUCAGAUCCAGCGGGACCUUUCCAUGGCCAAGUUUGAUUGGGACCACCCAAGGCACCUGCAGCCAACUAGCCCCACGGCUUUUAAGCAGGUGAGUGUGGUCUGGGAUGCGUAUGAGGCCACCAAGGGAGCCCAUGGACUGUGCAUCCUCACUGAGUGGGACGAGUUCAAGACCUUGGACUACCAGAGGAUCUUUGACAACAUGCAGAAACCUGCAUUUGUCUUCGAUGGGCGCAAUGUGGUCGAUCCUGAGAAGCUCAGGGAGAUUGGCUUCAUUGUCUACUCUAUCGGCAAGCCGCUUGAUGCAUGGCUCAAAGACAUGCCCGCGGUUGCAUAAUUCUGAAUCCCCACCUGGAGCGCUCUGCUGGAGCUGAAGAAAUUCGAUAAGGAAACAGAACCGGUCGACCACUAUUUUCUGUAGUCUGUUUUUGCAGGAGACAGCUACCAUUUUCUCAGUCGUAAGUUGAAUAUCUGUUAGUAUCUUUGUCGAAGUUUUCAUGUUUGCAGCUUUGCGCCUUUGUAGAUCUGAAAUCCUCAAGCCUCUGAUCUAAGAGUGCCACCCAAAAUACCUCUUGUAUCACAUGAACUUCUUAUAGCCGAUUUAUUCUCGUAUUUCAAAGACGCUACAGAUUAAUAAUGCAUUUUUUUUGCCAAAUAAA